UCUAAAACAUGAAUUUCAAAUAUUUGAAUAGGGGUGUAAUUUGUUUGCCAUAGGAACUAUUUUCCGUAGAUAUGUCUCUGAAUAUAGCAUCAUACGAUGUUAAAAUAUAACACAAUUCUCUUUUGGAAUAUUGCAGUGCUAAUGUUUAGCUUAAUGUUGAUACUUUUAUUAAUACCAUUAACACCAAUAUUGCUAGACGCUGUGAUGCCCCUUAACGAAUCACGUCCGCGAUUCUUUGCGAUUGAAGUUGAGUUCAGAGUGAAUAAAGAUGAUUACUUUUUACCAAUUUUAUGUUAUACAACUGUAGCAGUUCUGGUAGGUGCAAACGUCGUGAUGGGCGUUGAUGCAAUGCAUAUCGCAUGCACCGCUCAUGCGUGUAGUUUAUUUGCCGCUGUCAGCAAACGAAUCGAGAAUCUAAUUUCGAAAGCGAAUAACAAUAAAGAAAGUAGCAAAUGUAGAUAUCGUAUGAAUAUGGAACUUGAUCCAUUACAUGAAAAAUUAAUGUAUAGAGAAUAUAUAAUAUGUUUAAAGAAACAUCAACUUGCUAUAGAGUUUGUUAAUACAUUGGAAUCAUCAUAUCAAGGACUUUCAUUACUUCUAUUAAUCUUGCUUGUUGGAACUAUAAGUUUGAUUGCAACUCGAAUCAUUUAUGUAUUAGAUCAAGCGGAAGAAGUAAUAAAAUUCACAUUUAUAUUCACAGCAUGUCUAAUGACCUUACUGAUUGUAUGUUACUCCGGUCAGAGAUUAAUGGACGAGAGUCAAAGUAUAUUCCAUCGAUCAUGUGCUGCAGAAUGGUACAAGUUCUCGCCUAGACUAAAAUCUUUAUUAAUAAUAACUCUUUACAGAAGUAAUGUACCAUGUGGAUUGAAAGCAGGUAAUAUGGUUCCAUUAUCCAUUGCGACUUUCGCAGCGGUAAGUAAAAUGCGUAAAAAUAUAAAGCUAUUUUUAACAAUGCUGUGUGUGCAUGCGUGUGUACAUGCGAGCGUAUGUACGUGUGCGUAUGCAUGUCAAGUAUUAGUCAUGCUAGCGAAUUUUCUGCGAGAGUACAACGUAAACCGAGUAUUUUUAUCGAUCUCAGGUCUCUGGCUGUUUCAAAGUAAGAAUGUAAAAAAUUCAUUACGGACUGUCUGCUUGCUAAUGGAAAUAAGUUAUUAUCCGUUUGAGAUACUACUGCUGUAUGAUCAUUGGGGUAAUCCACAAAUGGUUUUCGAUGCCUGCUAUCAAUUUAUUUUCACGACUGCUUUUAUCGCAAGAGUAUUGCAUAAUAUUUGGAAUCAGGACAGAUUGCAACAGUUGUGUAUAGCCAUUGAUAAACAUUGGGACAUAUUUACAAGUGAUGUAGAAGUUCGAAUCAUGAAAGAUUACGCUAUGCUGUCACGAAGGUUCACAAUAGUUUUCUCGACGCUAUUGUUUUGCAUACUGUUAAUAUUUGUGACAAUACCAUUAAUACCAGUAUUGUUAGACACAGUGUUACCUCUUAAUGAAUCACGUCCGCGAAUUUUUGCGAUUGAAGUUGAAUUCAGAGUGAAUAAAAAUGAUUACUUUUUAAUAAUGUUUUGUUACACUACCAUUGUAGUUAUAAUAGGUUUGAACAUUUCAAUUGGUGUUGAUACAAUGCACAUGGCCUGCACCGCUCAUGCAUGCAGUUUAUUUGCUGCUGUCAGUAAACAAAUUGAAAAUAUAAUUUCCAAAGCUUAUAAUAACAAUAAAGUCAGCAAAUAUGGAUAUCGUGUAAAUAUGGAACUUAAUCCAUUUAAUGAGGGAAUAAUAUAUCGGGAAUAUAUAAUAUGUUUAAAGAAACAUCAGCUUGCUAUAGAAUUUGUUAAUAUAUUGGAAUCAUCAUUUCAAGGGCUUUCAUUGCUUUUAUUACUAUUAAUUCUUGGAAAUAUAAGUCUAAUCGGAGUCCGAGUAAGUAUUAUAAAAAUUAUUUCUAUAAAAUAUAUAUCCCGAAGAGAUAUUUUAGAGAAAUAUGCUGCAGAAUGGUACAAAUUUUCGCCUCGAUUAAAAUCUUUGCUGAUGAUGACCCUUUACAGAAGUAAUAUUCCAUGUGGAUUGAAAGCAGGUAAUAUGAUUCCGUUAUCC